GAUGCGAGUGCGCUGCGAUAGAAGAAAAAAACAGGUUCGAAACGACAACCGAAGGGAGGACUGUGUAGUGUAAUCAUGUGUCAAGAAUCACGUGCUGCUGCUGUCCUCGAUGCCCCACCCCGUGGGCCACGCGGCCAAGGCGGUGCCGAGAGGCGGCGGCGGCGCCGCGGUCGCCUCGAGACGCGCCGCGACGGCGUCAAAGGCGAUCCGCCUCGCGCCCGUCGCGGCCGCCUCGGCCAGCAGCGCCUCCCCGGCCAGCCGCGGGAGGUCGCCCUCCGUCUCGAACCAGCACGACGAGCGGCCGUCGGCGCACGCCUCGUCCCACGCCUUGAGCUGGCGGACAAAGGCCGCCAAGCUCUUGAG